AUGAUAAUUUAUGCAACAGAAGUACAAACAAUAAAUUCUUUUCUUAGAUUGGAAUCUUUAAAAGAGGUCUAUGGACUCAUAUGGAUAUUUGUCCCUAUAUUUUCUCUUGUAUUGGGAAUCAUAACUGGUGUACUAGUAAUUGUGUGGUUAGAAAGAGAAAUAUCUGCAGGGAUACAACAACGUAUUGGACCUGAAUACGCCGGCCCGUUAGGAAUUCUUCAAGCUUUAGCCGACGGGACAAAACUACUUUUCAAAGAAGAUCUUCGUCCAUCUAGAGGAAAUACUCCUUUAUUUAGUAUUGGACCAUCUAUAGCAGUUAUCUCUAUUUUACUAAGUUAUUCAGUAAUUCCUUUUAGCAAUCACCUUGUUUUAGCGGAUCUCAAUAUCGGUAUUUUUUUAUGGAUUGCCAUCUCAAGUGUUGCUCCGAUCGGACUUCUUAUGUCAGGAUAUGGAUCAAAUAAUAAAUAUUCUUUUUUAGGUGGUCUGCGAGCUGCUGCUCAAGCGAUUAGUUAUGAAAUACCAUUAACUCUAUGUGUUUUAUCAAUAUCUCUAUUAUCUAACAGUUUAAGUACAGUUGAUAUAGUUGAGGCACAAUCAAAAUAUGGUUUUUGGGGAUGGAAUUUGUGGCGUCAACCUAUAGGUUUUAUCAUUUUUCUAAUUUCUUCCCUAGCAGAAUGCGAGAGGUUACCUUUUGAUUUACCAGAAGCGGAAGAAGAAUUAAUAGCAGGUUAUCAAACUGAAUAUUCCGGUAUCAAAUUUGGUUUAUUUUAUGUUGCUUCUUAUCUAAAUCUAUUAAUUUCCUCAUUAUUUGUAACAGUUCUAUACUUAGGCGGUUGGAAUAUUUCUAUUCCGUAUAUAUCUAUGCUGGAGCUAUUUGAAAAGGAUCAAAUUUUUGGAACAACAAUUGGUAUCUUUAUUACAUUAGCUAAAACUUAUUUGUUCUUGUUCAUUUCUAUCGCAACCAGAUGGACUUUACCUAGGCUAAGAAUGGAUCAACUAUUAAAUCUUGGAUGGAAAUUUCUUUUACCGAUUUCCCUUGGUAAUCUAUUAUUAACAACUUCUUUCCAACUCUUUUCACUCUAA